AUUUUAAUUGACAAUUUUAAUAUACAUAUGUAGAAACUUUAUAUAUAAAGCAAACUAAAUAUGAUAUUCCAAAAGCUUUUAACAAAUGGCGAAAUAAUGUUAAUCGUUACAAUAGCACUUUGCACUGCUGUUGAUCCCGAGUUUGAGACUACAUUUCAUUUAUCAGAUUUAACACCGGUUAUAACACCAUUGCAUUAUGAUGCCAAAAUAAGAUAUAGUUACGAAACAAAUGACAUUAUUGGUGAAUGUAAUAUAACUAUACUUAUUAAUCGUCGAACAAAAAGGAUAUCCAUGCAUCCAGUGAUUUUCGUUAUAUUUCAAAUUGUUUUGUAUGACAACCUUUUUAAAGAACAAAUUAAUAUUCCAAGAUAUUCAUUUAAUAAUAAACUAAACAAGCUUACGAUUGAUUUUUCCAACACGCCAAAACUUUCAAAAUUUCUAUCACCUGGAAAAUACACUCUACAAAUGGCAUAUAUACGUCACAUAAAUAAUGACAAGAGGCAUUUCUCUGCAUCUUCAGACUUUAAUAAAAAUCCGAACAAUAUGUUAAAUGCGACAGGUGUUGAUGUAAUAACUGCUCAACAACUAUUCCCAUGCUGGGACAAGAUAGUAUUUAAUGCCACCUAUAAAAUUUCAAUCAAGCAUCAUAAAAAUUACGCAGCUUUAUCAAAUAUGCCUAUACAAGCAACAGAAAAUGACAAACUUGAAUCUGACAUGAUGUGGACACAUUUUGAAAAAUCAACUUCAAUAUUUAUCGAACAUAUAAAGGUGGUAAUAACUUCAUUCACUAACACUCAUACUUCGGUUGGAAACGUCACAUUUUGGAGUAGAAAAAACAUGACAGGCUAUUUACAUUUAGCGGAAUGUAUUGCCCAACAAGUACUAUACUUUUUAAAACGUCAAAAUGCUAUAGACAAAUUACCAAAAAUAGACUAUGUUGCAUUUUGGGAUGAUCAACAUAAUACCACUGAGACAUGGGGACUAAUUUUACACAGAGAAGCUGAUAUUAUUCAUGACGAAAACUCAGAUCCCAUUGGGCAUAAAUUAAAAGUGGCACGCCUUAUAUCAAAUCAAAUAGUAUCUCUUUGGUAUAAUGAUGUGUUGUUGUGGUCAAAAAGAGGUUUCAUUACAUUUCUUGCAACGUACAUCUUGCAUCAGAUUUUUUCGGAUUUUGACAUAAUGAAUUUAUUUAUUGUUGAAACACAACGGGAAUCUUUUCUUUUUGAUACUCCUUCUAAUAAAAACAAAAAGAAUUCACUUAGUUAUCUUGUAGAUCAUCUAAAAUCAUCCAAUAUAUGGCACAUAUUAUACCAGUUUAAUAAUUAUGUGUUUUGGACUGGUAUCCGCACAUAUAUUAAUAACAAACAAUAUAAUCAAACAAAUAAUUUAUGGAACAUUAUGCAAAUUGUCUUACAUACGUAUCCAGAUAAUUCAAGCAAAUCUUUUAUAAAAGGACUUAUAUCUGAUUGGAUAGCGGAAAAAUAUUAUCCUGUACUAUACGUGACACGUAGUUAUUUGAAAAACUUGACAAUAUUUGAAUACCUCAAUUUCGAUUUUAUUGACGAGGAUACAGAACUCUUUUCAGCAUUCGUGACAUAUACGACAAAAUCAAUCAUGAACUUUGAAGACAUAUAUCCCAAUAAUUCCUUAUGGAUAGCACCACAAGAAAUCAAAUUAAUAUGGAAAAAGUUGGAUAAAGAUGAUUGGAUUCUAGUCAAUUUACAAAAAAUAGGAUAUUAUCGUGUUAAUUAUGAUACUAAAAAUUGGCUUAUACUUGCACAAUACAUGAAUUCUACGAAUUAUAUCGACAUACAUGUUCUCAAUAGAGCCCAAAUCAUAGAUGAUGCGUUUUACUUCUUAACACAUGAACAACUUGAUUAUGUUACGUUUUGGAAAAUUUCUGCAUUUUUGUCACAAGAAAUGGAUUAUGUGGUAUGGUAUCCUAUGUUUAAAGCUUUUGAAUAUAUGACUCUUAUUGUUGCAAUUAAAGAUGCUAAUGACGUAAAGAAAAAGAUGGAAAAAUUAUUGAGUGGAGUUUUGUUUGAAAUAAGAUACGUUGCGCAACUAUUCGAAAGCGACCUUACCGAAUGUUUAAGAGAGGAAGCCGUAAAAUGGGCAUGUAUUAUUGCUAACAAAGAAUGCAGAGAAGUAGCCGAAAUGCAAAUGACAAGAGAUCUAUAUUCUGAAAGUGGCACUUUUGUAACGCAAUCAGAAUGGAAAGCAUGGAUGUAUUGUAAUGGUUUGGUGUCAGCCAACAGCACUAUUUGGUAUGACGUAUAUGACAAAUGGACAGCAACACCUGAUGAUAUAAAUUUUUUGGAAUAUUUAACUUGCAGUGAAGAUCCUAAAAUCAUUUCUAAUUAUUUGCUUCUAAAUUCGAUUGAUAGUAUUUUAUUACAACGCAACAAUACACGUGUUCACAUAUUUCUUCUUACCGUUGCAAAGCAUGCAAGAAACGAUAUAGUUUGUGAUUUUAUUUUGCAAAAUCUCAAUAAUAAUACACUUAUGUUCAUCUCCAACACACAAACCGACAAAAUUGCAACAUUAAUUGUCAUUAUUACGCAUCAACAUGCUGUAGUGCAAUUGAAUAAGGUACUUAAAUUCGCAAAAGUUAAUUUCAGAGAAGAGCGACUAGUUGAUGCUGUUAACGCAAAAAUUAAAAGACGAAAACUGGAGUACGUAAGAAAAAGCAAUAAUUAUGGGCUCAUCGGUCUAUUUCGGCGUCAAUAAUAUUUGUUUUAUUUUAUUAUUCCUUCUUACAAACAAAUUUUUGUUG